AUGCUGUGUAACGAGGCUGUUGUGCCUUUCAGGUGUGGGAUCCACAACAUGUUCCCCUUACACUUAGCAGCGCUCAAUGCUCACUCAGACUGCUGCAGGAAAUUGUUGUCAGCAGGCUUUGAAAUAGACACCCCCGACAGCUUCGGGAGAACCUGUCUCCACGCUGCCGCUGCAGGAGGUAAUGUAGAAUGUAUAAAACUCUUGCAAAGCAGUGGAGCAGACUUCAAUAAGAAGGACAAACGUGGAAGGACACCUUUGCACUAUGCAGCUGCAAAUUGUCAUUUCCACUGUAUUGAGACACUGGUGACAACAGGAGCCAAUAUUAAUGAAACAGACGACUGGGGCCGCACCCCUUUGCACUAUGCUGCUGCCUCUGACAUGGACCGAAAGGGAAAGAAUAUUUUAGGAAACUCUGAUGAAAAUGCUGAAGAAUUUGAAAGAGCCACUGAGAUGAAGGAAAAAGAAGCUGCAUUGUGUCUAGAGUUCCUUCUGCACAACGAUGCCAACCCGUCCAUCCAGGACAAAGAGGGGUACAACACUGUGCACUACGCUGCUGCAUACGGGCACCGGCAGUGCUUGGAACUGCUUCUGGAAAAAACUAACAAUAUGUUUGAGGAACCUGAUUCUGCAGCUACGAAAAGUCCUUUGCACUUAGCUGCCUAUAACGGUCAUCAUCAGGCCUUGGAGGUCCUUCUCCAGUCUCUGGUAGACCUGGACAUUAAGGAUGAGAAGGGACGCACUGCUCUGGACUUGGCUGCGUUCAAAGGACACGCAGAGUGUGUGGAGGCUCUCAUCAGCCAGGGUGCUUCUGUCACUGUCAAAGACAAUGUCACCAAAAGGACCCCUCUCCAUGCCUCAGUCAUUAAUGGCCACACACCUUGUCUGCGGUUGUUGCUAGAAGUUGCAGACAACCCUGAUGUGACAGAUGCCAAAGGACAAACCCCACUAAUGCUUGCAGUGGCAUAUGGGCACAUUGAUGCUGUUUCUUUAUUACUUGAAAAAGAAGCAUCUGUAGAUGCAGCUGAUCUCCAGGGAUGCACAGCUUUACAUCGAGGGAUUAUGACUGGGCACGAGGAGUGUGUUCAAAUGCUGUUAGAGAAAGAAGUGUCCAUUCUGUGCAAAGACGCCCGCGGCAGAACUCCCCUGCACUUCGCGGCCGCGCGUGGUCACGCCACAUGGCUCAGCGAGCUGCUGCAGAUAGCGCUGGCCGAGGGAGACUGCAGCCUCAAGGACAACCAGGGCUACACCCCACUGCACUGGGCUUCCUACAACGGUCAUGAAAACUGCAUCGAGGUACUAUUGGAACAAAAACUAUUCCACAAAUUCUAUGGUAAUAGCUUCUCUCCAUUGCACUGUGCCGUAAUCAAUGACCAUGAAAACUGUGCAUCAAUGCUCAUCGGAGCCAUUGAUGCCAGCAUUGUCAAUUGUGAGGAUGACAAGGGAAGGACGCCCCUUCACGCCGCAGCGUUCGCGGCCCACGUGGAGUGUCUGCAGCUGCUGCUGAGCCACAGCGCGCAGGUCAACGCCGCUGACCGCACUGGGACAACGCCGCUCAUGAUGGCUGCGCGCAACGGGCACGCGGCGGCCGUGGACUUUUUGGUGAACAUUGCCAAGGCUGACCUGACAUUGAAAGAUAAGGACUUGAAUACAUCAUUGCACUUGGCUAGCAGUAAAGGUCAUGAAAAAUGUGCCUUGUUAAUACUUGACAAGAUACAAGAACAGAGCCUUAUUAAUGCAAAAAAUAAUGCAUUGCAGACACCCCUCCACAUUGCUGCGCGGAAUGGCUUGAAGCUGGUGGUUGAAGAGUUGCUAGCCAAAGGGGCAUGUGUCCUAGCAGUGGAUGAAAAUGUUUCUAGGUCAAAUGGACCACGACCCUCCUCUGCAACAGAUGUACAAAAGGAAGAAUGAGACUUUGUAAACAAAAACAAAAAAUCCCAAACAAAAGCUCUCAUGAACUAACCAGCUGUACCAAGAGGACCAAAAUGCUUCAGUAAUUAAAUUGAAGACUUUGCUACUUUUAUUUUUUUUCUUCAAAUGUGAGUGACAUAAUGAAGUAGUUUUUUCUAAACCAUAAAAAAUAUAAACUUUUGAGAUACUCAGUAGUCUUGAGUGAGUUUUACAUUUUAUGACGCAGGUUUCAAGUUGACAUUUUUAACUGAUGAUGUGUUGACCACAGGUGGUUGUUUGUUUGGUUUUUUUUCCAGACUAAAGAAUAUGUUCAUAUACUUUUAAUGUAAAUGUGUUUCUAUUUAUUCGAAAUGAAACAAAUGCCCAGGAAAAAUAACUAUGGCU